AGCUGUUCGGAGAGCUGCAAGCUGAACGUAUAUCGCUUAAAAGCGUUUUCUCAAGAUCUCUUUUCAUGCCACUAUCGCUCCUUGUAUGUGAACGCAGCCAAUCUCGUCCCUAUGACGCCGGCGAGGCUGGACUCGGUGGAGUUUGAUUGUAAUAUUUAACAUACCCACCCAGAAAGCGCACUAGAGUGCCCGACUAUCGGACGAUGUCAGGAGACAGCCUAUAGACGGUACGGGACAAGAAAAAGCUAAAAUCUCCACCUGCCAAACAGACCUAGGCUAUUCUCUGAUUCGACUUGAACGCGAGACAGUCAGUGUCAGUUUCCCUUCAGUCGGCUCGCAUCCAGACAUAUUUCCAGGGGAUAGGUGAUCACCUGUUAUUUUGUGGACUGCCGGGCAUUUUUGACACGCAGUAAUUUGUUUCUUUCUGAGCAUUUAUGCUUUGAUACUGGACACUGAAACCUCAAUUUUGAAGAGCGGCAUUGCUUGUAUUCUAUUCUCUGACUUUUGUCAACAAAAAAAGAAAACUGAACAGCACGCACACUUUCAUGCUCAGCAUUUUAGAACGCAGGUUUUGAGGAUGGAACGGUGCUUCUGAUAUCCUAUUUUAAAAACGACUUGUCUAUUUCAUCUGGGCACUUAUACAACGUAAUGAAAGACUACUUAUUGAACCAUUUGCAACGUCGGCUUCUUCACCUGGCAGAAUAUGAAGAAUUCCAGUUUUUGUAAAAGAUCAACGCUCUGUGCGUAAGCACGGAGUUCCUGACAUAACACGGAUUAUGUGCGGAAUGAUCAGAGAAAAUCGUCAAACGAACCGCACAUCGUUUUUAUUGCGUAUUUCCAUUUGACAUCACCAUAGUCUGUAUGCCGUUGUUGUGCACCGCUUCUGCGGCUUGAACAUAGCUACAGAAAAGUAUUUGUAUCCUGUACAAAAUGAUCAAGAUGAUAAUGUUUCGUAAAUUUCGAGUGUUGAUACUAAUGGUCUUUUUGGUGGCUUGCACCAUGCACAUUAUGAUAGACUUGUUACCGAAAUUGGAGAAGAGGGCUGUAGGACCAGACACCGGGAACGGAGGCUGUCUGUGCGCUCACAAUCCUAGCGAGGAGCCGCAGAGCUGGGGGAAGCAACGUGUCAGGUCUGUAGCAGAAGCGGGCUGGCCUAACAAGCACACUCUGCGAAUCUUGCAAGAUUUUAGCAACGAACCGAGCUCAAAUCUCACGUCCCAUUCCCUUGAAAAGAUUACGGCCACUGGAGAGAGAGCAGAGUCUUUCAAGCGGAUGAAACAGUAUGUUGGGAUCCCGGAAAACGGCAAGCCGCUCAUAAGAGAUACAAACGGCGGUAGGACCGUCCCCGCUUCCAGUGUCUCGCGACUCUCAUCUCUGUUCGACCAUCCCUUAUACAAGACUGGCCUGCCGCCUCUCACAGACGAUGACACCUUGUUCAACGUCAAUACUGACAUCAGGUUCUAUCCGAAAGCAGCGGGGAAUCAAGAAUGGCACGACGAGGGUAACGAUGAAGAGGAGGAGUACCCUCCGACGGGAGAGGUGACUGCAGAGUCUUACCCCAACUGGCUCCGCUUCCACAUCGGGAUCAACCGCUUCGAGCUGUACUCCAGACACAACCCUGUGCUGGAUGCUUUGCUGAAGGACCUGGUCUCCCAGAAGAUCACCAGUGUGGCCAUGAAGUCAGGUGGCACCCAGCUGAAGCUCAUCAUGACAUUCCAGAACUACGGACAAGCUCUGUUUAAGCCAAUGAAACAAACCCGUGACCAAGAGACACCCCCAGACUUCUUCUACUUCUCGGACUUUGAGAGGCAUAAUGCAGAGAUAGCUGCCUUUCACCUGGACAGAAUCCUUGAUUUCAGGCGAGUGCCUCCGGUGGCGGGGCGGCUGGUCAACAUGACCCGGGAGAUCCGAGACGUGACUAGGGACAAGAAGCUCUGGAGGACGUUCUUCAUCUCCCCUGCCAAUAACAUCUGUUUUUACGGGGAGUGCUCCUACUACUGCUCCACUGAGCAUGCUCUGUGUGGGAAGCCUGACCAGAUUGAGGGCUCACUGGCUGCCUUCCUGCCUGACCUGGCCCUCGCCAAGCGCAAGACCUGGAGGAACCCCUGGAGACGCUCCUACCACAAACGCAAGAAAGCCGAAUGGGAGGUUGACCCAGACUACUGCGAUGAGGUGAAGCAGACACCACCAUAUGACCGUGGCUCUCGUCUUCUAGACAUCAUGGACAUGACCAUCUUUGACUUCCUCAUGGGUAACAUGGACCGCCAUCAUUACGAGACCUUUGAGAAGUUUGGUAACGAGACCUUCAUCAUUCAUCUGGACAAUGGUAGAGGGUUUGGAAAGCACUCACAUGAUGAGUUGUCCAUUCUGGUGCCCCUGAGCCAAUGUUGCAGGGUAAGGAGGUCGACCCACCUGCGUCUGCAGCUGCUGGCCAAGCAGGAGUACUUGCUGAGCUCCCUGAUGGAGGAGUCUCUGCUCUGUGACCGCCUCUCCCCCAUCCUCAUCCAGCCCCACCUCCAUGCCAUGGACCGGCGCAUCCGUCUGGUCCUGCAGGUGCUGGACGGCUGCCUGGAGAAGGAGGGAUACGCUAACGUGGUGGAGGUUGACCGUGCCAGGGACAGUGCCACACACAGGAACCCGGGACACAGGUAGUGAGGUCUGGGAUGG